AUGGCGGAUACCAAUAAACCCUCGCCAUUCGACAGGGAGUUGGCCGAAGCACUCUGCAGCCUGGAGAUUCCGAAGCAAAUCAAGUUCUCUCCGGACGGCCAAAAGAUUGUCUACACUACCUCUUUUCAAUCCGGCGGCCUCCGCAAAGGCAAACACGCUACAUCGAAGCUCUGGCUGGCCUCGGCUUCGGGGCCUGGGUCAGCUCGCCCGCUCACAUCUGGGAAGACAAGGGACAACAGCCCGGCGUGGCAUCCAGACGGAAACCGGGUAGCUUUCUUAUCAGACCGUGGUGACCCCGGAAGCGGCAGGGCCAUAUGGAUGCUCCGCCUCGACGGCGGCGAUGCGGUGCAGAUAUCGAAUAGUGGGAGCAAGUCGAGUAUUGCUAGCUUUGCGUUUUCUCCCAGCGGGGAUGUGAUUGCAUAUACAUCGGCAGAUGAAAUAUCCAGCGAGCAAAAGGAAAGGGAAGAAAAGAAUGGCGGCGCAGCAGACCCAGCCGUCUGGGGCCAGGACACGAGCCAGCAUGCCCGGCUGCGGCUGCUUGACGUGAAGACACGAGAGACGCGGACGCUGGACACUGGAAAGGGUCACGUUAUCGAGUUUCACUGGAGUCCUGAUGGAACAAGUGUGAUUGUUGGUACCGUGGCAAACAUGGACAGCGAGGAAGUAUUCAUGACAGGCACGACUAUUGCGACUGUAGCUGUUGAGAGCGGCGAAAAGACUGAAGUUUGCGUAGCCGGUGUCCUCGGUGAAUCGCUGACGUGGGCGCCGGACGGCAAAGUUUACUUUAUCGACACUGCUGUCAAGGGAUCUUAUUUGAGCGGUGCUGCCGUGUACUCGGUUGAUCCUGCAGAAACGCAGGCGACGCCUGUCAUGGUCGCCAGUGGAGAUGAAGACGACGCGUCCAGCCUUGUCGUUUCUGGUGGCAAGGUCUUUGUGAGCCGCAACGUCAGGAUGGGCACGCUCAUCAGCGAUAUCAGCGGGAAACGUAUCUUCGAAAAGCCCGUCGUGUUUUAUAGUUGGGACAUAGCUUACGACGCUAAGCGGAGCAGCUGGACCGUCGCCGCAAACUUGUCAGAUAUCAACACGCCCGCCGAGGUGGUUGUGGCCAGGCAUGAUGUGCAGUCACCAAUUGUACUCUCUCAGCAUGGAAAGGUCUUUGAAGACCGUACGUUUGGGUCGUUUCACGUUCUGAGCUGCCCAUCUUCGGACGGAGAGGUGGAGCUCGACGGCAUCUACCUCGCGCCAACCGGCCAGAUCGGGUCCGACCAGGGUGCCUCCCCUGCAAAGCCGCUUCCCACGGUAGUUUUCAUCCACGGAGGGCCGAUUGACCGCGACUUUAAUCGUUUUGACCCGUCUGACCUAUACUGGGCGUCAUACCUGCUCGCUAAAGGCUAUGCGGUGCUCAUGCCGCAAUAUCGCGGCUCGUAUGGCCGAGGAUCCCACUUCGCCUCCUAUAGCAGGACAGGUCACGGCCGAGAAAACUAUGACGACGUCAUAACCAUCACAAACCAUGCUAUCCGCAAAGGCUUCGCGGAUGAGAAGAGGCUGCUCGUCAGUGGCUGGAGCAUGGGCGGCCUCCUGACCUAUCUGUGCUGCGUGCGCAACGGCCAGCACGAGCUCGGUUGGCACUUUAAUGCAGCCGUGUCUGGAGGGGGCAUAUGCGACAUGGAUAGCCUUGCUCUUACCUCCGACCUUGGCUCGACCGUUCUGACCGAGCUGGGCGGCGGGCAGGCGCCGUGGACCGUAGGGCGCGACGUCACAAGCGCUCGCCGAGGCAGCGCCCUGUGGGAGGUGGCCGGCGCAGUGGCCGAGGCUCAUCGCACCGGUAAGGCUGUGAUCCCGCCGACACUCAUCCUUCACGGCGACCAGGACAACCGUGCACCCUUUACCCAAUCCCAAGGUUUCCGCCGCGCUCUCAGGGCUCACAACCUGCCGCACGAGUUUGUUUCAUAUCCGGGCCAGGGACACACUCCUAGCCCAAUGUUGCACUGGGUAGAUAUGCUGGAGAGGGUAGCCAGAUGGUGCGAUGUAUAUAUUGGACCGGGGGUUUCACUCCCACAUGGUGUAGUCAAUCAAGAGUGA